UCGAAACCAUCACAAUCUCAUCAACCGUCGUCCAGUGAACACUAGGAAUUAAACAAAAUGGCUUCCAUGAAAGUGGUGUGCAUAGUUAUAGCCUUAUUCGGGAGUGCUGUCGCUCAGCCCUCGAAGCAUGGCUUCUGGAAGGGAACGCCAAUGGAUGGCAUGGUUGAGGAAAUGAGAUCCGGCUGCGCAGAAGGAUCUGACCCAGCUGCUUGCAUCAAAUACAAGGUCAUGUCCUUGUUGGAUAGCAUCUUCAAGAAAGACACUUUCCAGAUCUCUGAAGCCGUCGAAGUGACAAAGAACGGAGCCGGCAAUGACGAAACAGCCCGCUCCAACGGCGACUUUCUCGACACCAUUGAAAACUACAUCCAAUCCCACGACGUCACCUUCCAACUGCCCAUCGCUGACACCAAGAUCACCGUGAGCCCAAGGAACCUCGACAAUGACGAACUGAGCCUCAAUAUUAAGUUCAACAAGGAAGGAGCCCGCGCCGUCGGAGAGGCUCGCAAAGCCAAGCUCAAGAAGAUCAUCGUUCCCAUCCUAGUGUUCGUCCUCCUUAAGGCCAUGACCCUCAUUCCUCUGGCCAUCGGAGUCCUCGGAUUGAAAGCCUGGAACGCCCUGCAACUGUCCUUCUUCUCUUUCGUCGUCUCCGUAGCUUUGGCCAUCUUCCAACUCUGCAAGAAGUUUACCCAGAUUGCGGCCGACAACUCCCACCCCCAGAUCGCCGCUCACGGCCCGUGGGACGCCGCCUACGCUGCCACUCGCCACAGGAGAGACGCUGAACCUCAAGAGCUCGCCCAGGAACUCGCUUACAACGCCUACCAUUAAGCACCGAGCAAGGAAAGCAGGACCUUGUCCACCUCAUUUCCUCUACGACAAGCACUGCUUUCCGCCACCGACCUGAUACCGAAUUGUACCAGAUUCCCGUUGUUCUUAGAUUCCAUCUAGAAUAACGGCUCAAACCAAAUAGGUUGAAAAACCACGAGUGUAAAUACUGUGUAAUUUA